GAGAGUUAAGAGAGGUAGCAUCAGGUGGGAAAGGGUACUGCCCUUUGGGGGUACAGGAGGCCCAGGUUAUAGUCACAACAGUAGUAGUAUUAGUAAAUCAUAAUAGUUGGCCAACUUCCAGCAGGGGUCGCCGUUCCCAUCCCUGUGGGUUUCGGAUAGGCUUCCCCACCAGGGGAAGAUUCCCCCACAGGCGAGAUUCCCGCUGUGUCAUAGGGUCUCCAGGACCGAGAGAGAGAACUCUCAUAAGGGCCCACAUGGCAGGGUAAGGGCAGGGUCGGCGUCGGUCCCCACCAGUAUCGAGGUCUAGGUUCCAAGCCCACCCUGUCACCCUUUUGGCUCCGCCCAACAUGCCAACCAAUCAGGCUAGCCCCCCAAUCACGCCCAUUCCCGCUCCUGGCUCCGCCCCUGCGUUCUAGCCCCUCCUUCUCCGGGGGGGCGAGAAAGACGCUUGGCUCAGUCCAGCCUCCUGGCCCCUUCUAGCCCCAGGACCCUCCUCUCCGACCUACUUUGUGCAGGCCCAGCUUGAAGGCUUCCAGCACCGGGACCCGGUGGGCCCCUGGCGCUUCCGGGGGCCUAAAGAAGUAGCGCAGACAGGGCCGAGAGCUGGAGCGGGGCGGGGGUGGGGUGGGGAAAGCGGGGGGGGGGGGUGGCCCGGGUGGGGACGACCCCUGCAGAGCGCACCCCCUGCCCUGGGGCUUGGGCAGCAUCUGGAUCGGUCCUCACCCCGCGCCCGCACUGCGGGCCGGGCGCUGUUUGUUCAGGGGGGCGGGCCGGAGGAGGCGUUUCUCUGCAAAUGAGCUGGAUCCGGGAGGUCCCCGCGGCCCGGGUCCGGUCAGGUGUCCUGACGCCCCGAGCCUGGAACCUUGCCCUUGCCAUCGCCGAGGGGCGCGGGGUCCUGGGGGCCCGCAUGGCUCGCCGCCUGGCCGGGCUAGGGGUCCGGAGGGAGUGCAAGGGGAAGCCGAUCCCGGAGGAGGCCAGAUCCCGGGAUAGGCCCUGGGGUGGCCAGAGCUGCCCUGACCUGGCCCAGGGCCAGGGCAGCACCAGCAGAGUCAGCCUCAAGGCCCAAGCCCAGAGCCUCUCAGAGUUGGACCUUUCGGCAGGGAGCCGUGGCUCCUGGCUUUGGAAGCGAUGACACAGCUCAGGGCGGUCUGCUGAGCCACCGGGGCGCCUACAGAGGCCAGCAGUGGGCAGCGCCUCUGACCUGGCCAACUCUGCCUCUGUGGGGCCAGAGAGCCUGGCACUGGCGGUGACCUCAGCAGAGCCUGCUGGGACCAGGUGUCCCUCAUGCCCACCACCAGCUCCUGCAUGUUUGGAACAAGGAUCUCCAGGCUGCACCUGCCUGCAACCCCCGUACACAGCCCAGGAGAUUCCUCUGAGGCCUGAGCCAC